AGGGUGCUGUGGUUGCUGACUGGUAGAGGCUGGAUCCCAGCUCUUUUAGCUCUCAUGUUUUGCAGAAGUGCAGAGGCGUGCUGCUUUAGUCAAGCCACAGGGGGCAGAGCACACUCCAGUGAGACCUCCCUCCCUCCCAAAACUGCCGGGAUCCUCCACUUCCACCCUGAGCAAAGCAGGCGCCUUCGCUAAAGGAGUAAAAGCCUCCCAGCCGCCUCCAGCGUCAUAGGAAUAGACAUGUCUACGGGGAAGAUCUGUUGCCUGGUGCUGCUGACCCUAGGUGUGCUGGCAGUGGUUGUUGCGCUCGUGGUCAUCCUGAAUCAACCCAAGUGUGGUCCCCAGCACUACCUGCACGGUGCUGUGGCUGCUGACACCGAGACCUGCUCUGUCAUCGGACGGGACAUCCUGAAAAGCGGAGGCACAGCCGUGGACGCUGCCAUCGCUGGCUUGAUCUGCACCUCAGUGAUGAACCCUCAGAGUUCAGGCCUGGGCGGUGGGGUCGUAUUUACCAUCUAUAAUGCCAGCACAGGAACAGUCGAGGUGAUCAAUGCCCGCGAGACAGUCCCACGAGUGUUUCACCAGGAUUUGUUGUCUGGCUGUACCAGCGGUUUGCCCAUUGGUUCCCGCUGGAUUGCUGUACCAGGAGAACUUCGGGGGUAUGAAGAAGCCCAUAGGAGACAUGGACGCCUACCAUGGAAAGCCCUGUUUGAACCAACCAUCAAGCUCCUUUCAGAUCCACUUACCAUUUCCCCAGUUAUGGACAAAAUAAUGAAUCACCAAAUCUUUGCCAGGCCAGGAAAAAGCCUGUGCCCGCUGCUAUGUGAUGGUGAAAGGUUUUUGAAGCGUGGAGAGCCCUUCAGGUGGCCAGCACUGCAGCAAACACUGAGAGCUGUAGCAGAAAAUGGAGCUACAGCAUUUUAUGAGGGACAUAUAGGACAGGCCCUGGUGGAGGACAUUAGGAAGGCUGGGUCCACUAUCUCACUGGAGGACCUUCAGACUUACAAAGCAGAGGUGUCCUCAGCUCUGAACAUUACCCUGAACAGUCACACCACAGUGUUUUCUCCUGGACCACCCAUGGGAGGUGCUGUGCUCAUGUUCAUCCUCAAGAUACUAGAAGAGUAUAAACUCCAUGAAGCAUCACUGGCGACACCCAAGGAGAAGGUGGACACCUACCAUCGCAUUGCAGAGGCCCUGAAGUUUGGCAAUAUGCUAAGACCCCUUAUGAGUGACCCGGCCUUCUCCGACACACAGGUGCCACUGGGGACCAUGCUGUCUGACCAGAUUGCUGAGCUUGCCAGAAGCCGAAUAAAUGCCCGAGGUGACCACCCACUCGACCACUACAACUUGUUGGAGGCCAUCUAUAACCACCAGUACAAAAGUAAGGGCACAAGCCACAUCUCUGUGCUCGCUGCAGAUGGCAGUGCCGUGUCCGCCACCAGCACCAUCAACUACCCGUUUGGUUCCUUUGUGUAUUCUAACCAAACUGGGAUCAUUUUAAAUAAUGAACUUGCUGAUUUCUGCAUAGCAAACAGAAGCAUUAAACCAGGAGAGAAGCCUCCCUCAGCAAUGGUGCCCUCCAUUCUCAUCUCCCAGACAGGAGACACGCUGGUGAUCGGAGGAGCAGGCGGGGGCUGGAUUAUCAGUGCUACUGCUAUGGCGAUUAUAAACAAGCUGUGGUUUGGCUAUGACUUGGAACAUGCCAUUUCAGCUCCCAUCAUGCAUACUAACGGUGUCAGUGUCCUGUUUGAGGAACAUUUCAGUGAGGAGGUUAGGAGCGGCCUGCUGGAAAGAGGACACAAAGAAGAAAAACCUAAAUUUGCAAUGAAUGUUGUGCAGGGAGUUUCCAAGGAAGGAAAAUGCAUCUCUGCCUACUCUGAUAAAAGGAAGCUGGGGAAGUCAGCUGGAUAUUAGCAUGAAGUGCCAUCACACCACCACAGGAGAUAAUGGAUUCAGAACAUGCUUUGGCUUGGACAUGCCAAUAUUGCCUGUUCCCAUGUGGAUGCCUCCAAGAGUAUGGGCAACACUUGUGAUUACACCUAAUUCCAGCAGACUGCAAGUCACCCCCAGGCAAUACAAGGACAGGUCAGCCACCCUUUCUUAGCGCUAUACCCUCCGUUACAUAUUUGAUAUUCAGAAAAAUAUAUUUCUUGAGCACAUCAGCUAUUCAGAAUAAGAGAAUACAAAGCAGGAAAGGAAAACUGGUCCAAAAUCCACUGUGAAAUGACCCGCCUGUAUCUGUAGAUCCUCAGCUAAGAGCAGAAUUGGUUCCUUUCAGGCUGUUUCCACAAUAAGCUUAUUAUUACUGGGGCUCAGCAAUGUGAAAUAAGUAACUGGUUUGGUUAUCAGGAUUACAAGAAGUCUCUGUAGGGUCAGGAUUUCAGAAUCUUAAGCAUCCAGGCUUAGGGGGUGGGUUUGAAAAGGGAAGGGAGCACACUCCCCCCUCACGGUUUUCGCAUCCACAGAAGCCCCACUUUUCCCAGAGGUGGCAGAUGAAAUCAGCGCCCCAUAGCACAAGUCUGCUGCCCCACUGCUCUCUGCCUUGGGGAUGCAAAGGACCCCACAAGCUCAAAGUAACUGCGCCGAAGCUUCCUUCAACCCUACGCACGGGUGCCUUUGAGAACAAGCCUCCCGUGGGGCAGUGUGAGUUCCCUGCUCCUGGGGUGGACAGGCUUCGGCUCAGUCCCCCAGGGGCACCUCUCCCUGUGGCGAGCGGAGUCCCAGUCUGUGCCACUUCUCCCUCCUCAGUGCCCGCAGAAGGUAAGUCGUUUGGGAAGGCAGGCAAGGAUUGGAGGGGAAGACGUGCUGGCUUUGGAAGCUUUAUAAUUUUCUUCAAAAGGCAAAGGAUGAGGAGGCUUCGUUUGUAGCCACGAGCUCAGCCUGGCCACGCAAACACCAGGGCUGCUGAGAAAUGAUGCAGCGCUGCCAGGCGUUAGCAGAAUGCUUUUCUCCCAUAGCCUAAGGACAUGCUCCAACUCCCCCUUUGCCACAACUAAUAUCUGGUGUUCCCUUAAGAUGAGAAGGAGGAAACUGUAGGACUACUUAAGAACUAUCACAGAGAGAGGAGACUUCUGGAGGAGAGACCUGAACACAUGCACCUGGACACAAAAGGUCUUUUGCAGUUCCUCCAUAACCUUGCCCUGCUCAAAAUGGCCAAGAGAAUGAAACAUUUAAGAAAAAAAAAAAAAAAAAACACCAAAAAACCCAAACAACAAAGCUCUUCUUAAAUACCCAAGGGCAAGUUCUCAAGAUCCCAAACAACUCCAUUUUCUGAAAGUUCAUGAGCUGUGCUCCCCUAUGGGCACAGACAGUAUUGUGUGAUUCUGAAAGCAAAGCCAAACCAGAGCAAGGCACUAGCAGAGCCCUCCCCUUUGCAUGUUAGUUCCUACCUCACACACAGCCCGUGGUAUUCCUAGUACACAAACAAACAAAAUCCCUUUGUAAACACCAUAACAAGUAUUUAAGCGUACACUAUUAAAAAAACCAAACCAAAACAAGGCCAUCCACACACCCUUGCACACAAAGCCAGAUAGAUUUUAUGUCUACAUUCUUACUCAUGAAGUUGUUCCAAUAAAGCCAUCAGCUUGUCAAAAUCUCAGCCUUCACUUGCAUUUUAAUGAUAGUCUGAGUGAAGCUGACUGGAGCCAAACAUGUGUUUGCCUUCAGAAAUCGUACACUAAGGACUAUCAUGUGACCACAGCUGCAUCAGAGCUUAAUGAAGAAGUUACUAGAUCAUAACCACAAGCACUUAAUCAUGUAUCUGGAAGACAAGUUACUUCCAUAUAGAGCCAGCUCCCCACACUGCUCCCCUCCUUCCGCAUUCAAGUGGAAUUUAUCUUAAAUCACAUAAUUUAGGAAGGACUACUGUUUUCUCCAUCAGAGCUGCUUACUCACUACAGAACUGCUGAAUGUGACUAGAGAAAGAGAAUGGGCAGUAUUUAUGUUCAUUUGGAAGGGGUUACCUGACAGUCAUAUUCAAUCUACAUAAUUUGCAGAAGUUUUCUACUUUCAUUAACUCCCUUACCUCAGCUGCCAGUUCCUGGGCGCAUUGGUUCUAGUGUCAGAAAUAACACCCCAACUGCAGAAUUGUCACAGGGGAAGCACUUAUGGGCACCAGACACCACCUGCAGCCCACAUUUCAGACCAGACAGACUAAAUAGACCGGAUGCUGCUUUAGCAAGUUCUGUCGUUAUUUCUAGCGAGCCCAACUGAGCUUCAAAAAGCAACCCCGAAGGGCACUGGCUGGACACAGGGAGAGCAGUUCUUGUUUCCCUAUCAGGCUCCAGGGUAGCCUUCAGCAGCACCCUGGGCCAUGCUCCACCAUGUUCCACUAGCAGGAAAACCGAGGCACCGAGCCUCAAAGUCCUUCCACUUCUGACGUACCUGAGAGUAAAGCACACCUCAGUAAUGCAGCCUGUGGAGUAGUGUCACAGCCACUUCCCACCACAAAGACAUGGGAAUAUUUGUAGUCCAGCGCUCACUGCAAUUUAACUACUUUGCUACUAACAUUGAAACUGAGCCAAUUAAGCAGUUAUAAAACCCAUCACAGCUUUAAUUUGCAAGACAGGAAUGAGAGUGCAGAUGGCUCACUGGGGCGGAGACUUCCAGCCCCGUAGUCAUCACCAGCAAAAGAUGUGGUGAAGCUGAGUUGUAGUACCUCCCUUAGCUCCUCUGCUCUUGCCAUGCCACCUCCUCACCGCUGCUGAAAUUUGCUUGGGUCAAGAGCCUCCCAGUUUGGUCCUUCUCAUUCAUGCUCUUGCCAACAGGAGAGCAUUAUUUUUGUACUUUGUCAACUUACAUGGACUUUUAAAGCAUCAUUGUACAGAGGCUGCUCUAUUUUCUAAUGAAAUCUUUAAAUUAUAUUUUUAAUAAAGUGUUUUUAUACCUGUCUGAAAA